AUGUCCGGUGUUCCCGGUAGCAGUUCCAGAGAAAAGAAUCCACCCUCAAAUUCCGGGGUUGAGGAAUCUCCAUCCCCAGGUUCAGCCUCAACAAUGGGGCGGAGAAAACGCCAAUAUGUCCCCAAAGUAAAAGGUUGUUACGAGUGUUCAAAGCGCCGAAUAAAUUGUGACAGGACAGAGCCGGACUGUCAAAAGUGCGUGUCAAAAGGCUUAAGCUGCAGCGGUCUUGGCCAAGGCUACACAUUUGUAGAUGGAUUUUCAUCCGGGCGCUCGGUAACAAGAAAGAGCAGAGAGAGAUCUAGCGGCAGCCCUCCCAAUAACAACAAUCCCCCCUUUUCACAACUAUCUCCAAGUCAUUUUGACAUGGGAGAUGAUUUCAGUGGGGCCGACUUUUCAGAAUAUGAUGGUCAAUGGGACUUAUCCAGCCUCCCUCAGGAUCCAUCCCAGCUCUUUCCCACCGCAUUUCCAGAUUUCUCUAUGCCUGUAUCCGGCUCGGGCUAUUACGAUCCCUCAGCUCAAAGCUUCAGCAAUUUGCCGCCACCAAAUCAGUUUGACAACGCAGGACAUAGACAGACGACAGAAGUUAAUUAUACGGACGCACCGGUAGAAUAUUAUGAGGAAGCUUUGAGCGUGGAGGACAAUGAAGAGCCCGAUUCCUUUGGCUGUAGGUCGCAAUAUUUAUGGGAUAAUGUAUUAUUAGUGACAACUUGUACUUAG